GCCUCUCCGAUACAAAACUCCAUGAAAUUCUAUUGGAUAAUAAAGAAAUCAAACUCAGCUGGAUGGUCGAUUGGUACAAACAAGAGGUUCUCUUCCAUCUACAGAAUGCCUUCAACGAACAGCAUCGAUGGUUUUAUUUGGGCUUUUCGAAACGUGGCGGCAUUGGAGAUGCCGAUAUCUGUUUUUUUGAAAAUCAAAAUGGAUUUUUCAAUGUGGUUACGGACACCUACACCAGUUCGGAUGGUAAAUAUGUACACAAGGACUAUCAACAGGAUUGUGUACUUUUCAAGAUGGAUGAAUCGACAUUGGCGUUUAAGCGAAAGUUUGAUACAUGUGAUCCGUCGGAUUUUCGUUUUCAUGAAGGUACAAUGUACAUUAUGUGGGCAAGAGGUGAAAAUGAAUUGGAAUUGACCGAUUAUCAAUUUCCCUUCCCAAAUGUGUCUACCCAUGAGUCUGGCAUAAAAAUGAUGCAACUGUUGAGAGCCGAUAAAAUUCUAAUACCAGAAACUGACCUGAAACAAGUCGAAAUACGACUAAAUAAAGUGACAGUGCCGGACAAAGAGACCACUUAUUGGUGUCACAUACAAAAGCUCGAUAGUUUCCUGCAGCAAAAACAUCACAUUGUUCAAUUUGAACCUAUCAUUACGACACCGGGUCUUGUCCAUCACAUGGAGGUGUUUCACUGUGAAACCGACUGGGACGUUGAAAUUCCGCUCUACAAUGGUGAUUGUCAACAGAUGCCCGAACAGGCGAAAGUUUGUUCGAAAGUUAUUGCGCUGUGGGCCAUGGGCGCCAGCACGUUUACUUAUCCGCCGGAGACUGGCUUGCCCAUUGGUGGCAAAGCGUACAAUCCUUAUAUACGUCUCGAAGUGCAUUUCAAUAAUCCAGAAUUUGAGAAAGGUCACAUCGAUAGUUCAGGAAUGCACAUUAAAAUGGUUUCCAAGCUGAGGCAAUUUGAUGCCGGUGUCAUGGAGUUGGGCCUAGAGUAUACCGAUAAAAUGGCCAUACCACCGGGCCAAGUGGCAUUUCCUUUGAGUGGUUAUUGCAUUGCCGAAUGCACAGAAUUGGCAUUACCACCAUCGGGUAUUGUUGUUUUUGGCUCACAGCUGCAUACACAUCUGCGUGGUGUUCGAAUAUUAACACGGCAUUUCCGUGGCUCUGAAGAAUUACGCGAACUGAAUCGUGAUGAUUAUUAUUCACAUCAUUUUCAGGAAAUGAGAAAUUUGCAUUACAAACCACGAGUUUUACCGGGCGAUGCCUUGGUUACCACCUGCUAUUACAAUACCAUUGGCUAUGAAAAGGCUACCCUUGGCGGUUUUUCCAUUAGCGAUGAGAUGUGCGUUAAUUACAUCCACUACUACCCGGCCACAAAACUUGAAGUUUGCAAGAGCUCUGUAUCAGAGGAUGCCUUAGAGAAUUACUUCAUUUAUAUGAAAAAGAAGGAACAUCAACGGCACAUACAUUUGAAUGGAGCACGUUCGAAGAAUUAUCGCAGCAUCAAGUGGACACAACCACGGGUCGAUCAAUUGUACACAAUGUACAUUGAAGAACCACUUAGUAUGCAGUGCAACAAAUCCGAUGGUUUUCGUUUUGAGGGCUACGAAUGGGAGGGUGCACCCAUAACAACGGUCCAAAUCAAAAUACCAAUGCAGCGUAAAGUGUGUCCCCACUACAAUCCGUUGUGGCUGAAACCUCUGGAUAGGGGUGAAUGUGAUUUGCUGGGCGAAUGUAUAUACUAG